GCGACACCGAAUUGCGGACACCGAGAGGCGAGCCGCUCCGCUCCGAGUCGUCCCUUCGUCGGCCCAGGAUCUGGAUCCUGUCGCGGAUCGGUAUCCCGGGUUGCCGUCGAUCGCGAUCUCGCGUUCGCGGCCCGCUCGCGUAUACGUCUGUAUUUCGAAAGCGUCUUCGAAAACGAAAGCGAGAGGACUCGUUUGUUACUUCAGAAGAGAUCAGAAUUCCGCAGACUCAUCCCGUGUUUACGUCUCCCGAGGGGAUACCGGGAUUCUGACAUUUCUGCGUGGAUUCUGACAUCUCUCGUCUCGUGGAUACAAAGAGGAGCAUAUCAGAGUUAAAUCCGCUGGAACGGAAAUCUCGCGCGCACGUAUGACAGAGUGUUCGGACGCGUCCUUCGGGUAUUUCGUAUUUAAUGCGAUUCGUGUCGAUGUUUCGCGUGUUAAUAACAAUACACCCCCAGAGUGACCGUAUGACAGUGGUACUCGUGCGUAAUUCAUGACGAUCGGCUCGCGACGCGUCAACCCUCGUCUCGAUUUCGUCGUUACGUCGCCCCCCAGUUUCGCAGGUGCGCCAGAUUCGUGCAGAUUUGUUCGCGAGCGACCGUCAUCUUUACAUCGAAUGCGUCAAAGCUUCGCUCUCAUCAAAUCUCAAAGGGUGAUCUCUAAACGUCGAACUUCGGGAUGCGAAUAGCUGCGACGAGGAGUCCCCGACGCGACGCUCAGAUCUCGCGAGUGCCGCGAGUGCCGCGGAUUUAACGUAAAGCGAUUUUGCGUCGUUUGGGUCUCGAACGCCGAUGAGGAGGCUUGUCGCUGCCGCACGGGAUGAGAGCGACAAUUUUGGUUUCACGAGGGGGGAUCAUGCCCCGUGACGACCCACUGCGGAACAACUGGCUGAGUUUCGGCAGCUCCUAGUCGGCGGGGGACCAUGGCGAUUGUCCGACCGAGCAACGCGAAAACGUGACCAACUCGUGGAUGAAGAAAACGUCAAUCGCGACGGUGGCUACUCGAUCGUAAUGAGAUCGAGGCGUGAGGAGGCAUCACACGAGUAAUCGCGAAGCGACAGAACGGCGGCGGGUUGACAACGAUGGGUUCCUUGCCGAAUCUUCACGAGCUGUCCAAGGACAAGCUGGGGAGUCCGGUGUACAAACCGGCCCCGAUCGGCGGUCUCGGCCCGAAACGAUUGCCGGCGCAACCACCGCCGCUGGCGCACACGCAUAAACGCGCGAGAAGUAGCGGGCAUCAUCAUUCUAUCCUGAGCGACAACGAUGCCAUGUUGGAGCACAUGGCGGCGUAUUCGCCGAUCUCUUGCCGGUCGACGCGCACCUCGGCGCUGUCGUGGAGGCGUCGCGACUCCAUGAACUCGUCGGCGGGCGCGUCGUCGGUGCGCCGGCUGAUCGCGGCGGUCCGCGCGGCCCCGUCUGGACCCAGGCCGCCACGCCGGGUCGUGCUGCGUCACAUCGCGGCCCUUCUGCUUGGCCACGCGAGCUGCUCGGCCGCCACCCUGCCUAUUUUUCCGCUGCAGGCGGGUUUGGGCGCGUUCGAGCCCCGUAUGGGCCCGGUCCUCCUCGCCUAUCUCUAUAUGAUGGCAGCCGCCACCAGCUGCUUCGCGCCCAUCGUCGUGCAACGGCUCGGCACGAAUCUCGCGAUCACCGCGAGCCACGUGGUCACUGCUAUCUUCGUCGGCGUGCAUCUGUAUCCCAAAUGGUACAUACUCGUGCCCAGCUACGUGAUGUUAGGUUGUUGCGCCAGUCCGAGUUUCCUGGCGAGGACAUCGCACAUCAACGUGUCCGCGACCAGCCUGGCGCUGGUCUGCGUCGAUGGUCCAGAGGACCCCGACGAGACGCGGCGCGAAUGCCUGCUGAGAAGGCUCAACCGGGGAAUCAAGCUGGCCGAGGAUAUCGGUCUCGCAAUCGGUUGCCUCAUCGCCGCGAUCCUCGUCAGGCUAACGGACCUGACACCGUCUAGUGACUCUAGUGUAAUGAACAGCGACGUUUGCGGAGCCGAAUACUGUUCGGAGGACAUGUACUUUUACAACGAAUCGCUCUACGUGCCGACGAUCACGCCGGGCACGUCGAGGGUCCUCGUCAGCAUUUGGCUCGGCCUGGCGGUGCUCGGUCUAGGCAUAUCCUGCGCGUUUCUCGACUCCAGGGUGCAGGAACCUCAGGCCAACCACGACCGCGCCAGCGUAAAGGACAUCCUCAAGUCUGUGAAAUGUGCGUUUCAAGACCCGAAGCUUCAGCUCGCGGCGCCGCUCACGCUCUUCAUCGGUUUGGAACAGGGCUUCAUUUACGCUGAUUUUAUGGAGGCAUACGUGGUGUGCGCUUUAGGCGGCGUCGGUACGGUGACCUUAAGCUUUCUGAGCUUGGCUUUAUUACAAGCUCUGGCCGCCGCGACGCUCUCGAUGUUGCUCAGGCACAUUAAAAGGUACUUUGUCGUGGUCGUGGGUUUCGCUUUCCACGCCUGUCUUCUGCUCGUUCUGGUAACCUGGAGACCGACGGGAGACGAUCCGGCUCUCUUCCACGUCAUAUCAGCCGCCUGGGGAGUUUGUAACUCCAUCUGGGAAACUCUAAUAUACACGCUGGUGAUAGGCCUGUAUCCAAACGCGUGGCAAGGGCCGCUGGCGACAUCGCUCUUCUGGCGUUGGCUCGGCUUGACCUUCGCGCUCAGCUUGCACGGCGCGGUGUGCACCCGUUAUCGCGUGUUGGGCCUCGCCGUGACCCUGGUGCUCGCGGUUGUGCCGUACUUGUGGCUGGAGAGUCGUAUCGCCCGCCGUGGCAAGACGUUGGCGCCCUUAUGACCAGGCGACUCGACCGCGAGUGAGCGCGGGUCCACCAGCGUCGAGACGGCGACGACGACUGAGAUUAGACACCGGGGGGACUGAGAA